CGCUCGCAGCGGCCUGCAGCGGGGGCGCCUUUCCCUCCCUGCCCCGGUGCCUGCUCCGCCCCCCCGCGGCUUGGCUGCAUCGGGACGGUUAUUGUCUCUCCAGCGAGUUAGCGGCGCGAUGCGGGGCGCCGUACCCGGACCCGCGCUGAUUGCACAGUCACGGGCGUCUGUGCCGGCUAGAUGGCCCCGGGCCUCCUCAGGGAAGUUUCCUAUAAAUCCACCCACUGUCAUGGGUGAGCUGGGAGAAGAUGACAUCUAUAUUUUGAAUCACGAAAAAGCAGAUGGUAUUCACAGAAGAGAGAGAGAGAUUCCUGUUCCAGCAUAUGCAGGGGAUGAGUCCAUUGCUUCACAUUUUGCACUUGUCACUGCUUAUGAAGAUAUCAAAAAACGACUAAAGGAGACAGAGAAAGAGAACUCCUUCUUAAAGAAAAGAGUAAGACUCUUAGAAGAAAAGCUUCUUGGCUCCCGUUUGGAAGAAGAAACAAGCUCAGUUGGACGUGAGCAAGUAAACAAGGCCUAUCAAGCCUAUCGAGAGGCUUGCAUCGACAGAGAUAAUCUGAAAAGCAAACUGGAUAAAACGAUAAAAGAGAAUACAGAGUCCUUCAAAAUCUUGCAUGAGCAGCUGCAGUCUAAAGAAGUGGAGCUCCUACAGCUAAGAACUGAAGUGGAAACUCAACAAGUGAUGAGGAAUCUAAACUCUACUCCAUCUAGCUGGGAAAUAGAGAAGCUGAAUAGUGACCUGAAAGUUCACAGUCUGGAACAGGAACUAGAAAAGCUGAAAAAGGAAUGCAACAGUCUCAGAAAAGAACUGCAGAAGGACCAGGGUCAGGAAGUAAAUUUGUUAAAUGGAGACCUCCUCCAAAAACAAAAUAUUCAGAGUGAAAAUGUGCAGCAAGCAUACUGGGAACUGAAGAGGGAAAUGUCUAACUUGCAUCUGGUGACUAAAAUGCAAGCUGAGGUUCUACGAAAACUGAAAACCCCAACUGCAACCAAGAAAGCUUCUACUAGUGCACCAGUACAAUGUGUUGAAGACGUGGAGAAGAACCUCACAAAGUUAUAUUUGACUUCUUCUGGGGCAGUCUACAAAAAACCCUCUCAUUCACAAAAUGACAAACUUCUCUGCAAUGUCAUAGCUUCCCCUCUCCCAAGAGAUGUAAAAAUCCUGUCUGAACAGGCAAAUCUCCAGUCAUGGACAGAUGAGAGACCCAUCCCGGUUGGCAGCACAACCUGUCAUGAACAAAACUCGUAUGGAAAGAGCUCUCUGGAAGAUAAUUCCUGGGUGUUCCCAAGCCCUCCAAAACCUAGCGAGACAAUGUUUUGGGAAAUGAAAAAUAAAUCAUCUUUGUCAAACUACCCAAUAGAUUACCUGGAUCAGCGUAAUCAAAACUACCUGCACAAGAGCUAAGUAGUUCGUGAGACAGACUGGGGCUGAUUCUGAAUAGGUACCUGAGUACUAGAACUUUUUAAAGAGAAAAGUAGUUUAGCUGAAAUGUGGAGAUAACUACUUUUUGUCUUGUUCCAAGAUUGGGGGAGGGGGGGACCUGAUUACUCAUUGCUGUAAAUCAGGACUAAAUCAAAGGAGCUAUACUCGUAAUACAGGUGUAAGCAAAUCAGAAUCAGCCCCUAAAUGCUUGGUCCUCUUAUACUGAACAUGACACACACUUGCAAAUAUUACACAGACUGAAUAUUGAACUCUUGGACUAAAUCAAAAUAAUCCAGCUCUGCAUUUGUUAGCUGUAUGUCCAUAACACUGCUCAUAAAGGCAUUUGGUAUCCUGUGUUAGAAACUUCUUGAAAGCUGUGAGCUUACCUCUGACAGAAGUGUCUUUCAGAUAUAAAACUCUCAGGUAAAGAAUGGAA